AGAAUCUAAUUAUUGUCAAACAGUCUUUGAUCUUUGAUGACUUAUAAAGAAAUCUCAAUCUACAACGUUUAGCGCGACGCGAGCUUUGAUCGUACAACGCAAUCGUUUCGGUAGAACAACGUAGAAGGGGUGCGUGGGCGAUGAGGUGGACAUCCGCAGCAUCCGCGAGUGGGGAAGGAGAGAGACCGGGUGGCUGUCCGCGUGGGUCGAUUCGUCGUGGCGCUUCGACGUGGAAGGGUGGAGGGCGUCCGCAUCGCGAGGAUGCCGGGGAGAGAAGGCGAGAAAGAGCAAGUUCUAAGGGUGGUUGUCGGCCAGUAACGAGUCGGGGGACGCGAGCGUCGCGUUGGAGGCGUCGCCCUGGGCGCCGCCGUCCGAGAGCAGAUGGAGUCGUCCCGCGUGCCCCGGGGCCCCGCUUCGCGCCUCGUCUUCCUCUUCGUCACCCUCGUGCUGACCGUCGCAGCCACGGGGCUCUUAUGUAGCGCGAUAAUGUCGGAUCACUGGGAAGAGAUCAGCUGGGACAAAGAAGAUCUGACCCGCGCGAACGUCAACCUCACGUGGUACUUGAACGGUCAGGUGGCAAGGCUCGAGUCUUCCGUUAAUCACCGAAAUAAGCAUCGUGUCGCCAAAAGUUCGUCCUUCCUAGUUCCCACGCACGGCGGGAUUUGGAUUAUGUGUGUUUCAUUGUCAGGUAUAAGAGAUCGUAGUUUUUAUAACGUUAAACUUAAACCUAAGACUGCACAUAUAUAUGUUGUUAUACACGCUUCAGGAUUUAAAUACAUUAAAUACAUUAUCCACGAUUGUGAACGCAGAAUAUCCCCAGAUGUUUUUAGCUUAUUCCAAUGUACAAAUUAUCAUUAUGGGUGGUUUUCAGUUUUGCCGAUUUCAAACCGCGAUAAUUACUUGUAAUUAUCUUUUUGUAAUUAUCUUCGAAAGCUAUUGUCACAGAAAUCGAUGAUAAUAAGAGUAGAUUAUUGAUAAGAAAAAAAGCAAACCGAAAAAAAUGUUCUUUAUGUAGAUAAAAAUUAUUCGCAGUCGUUCGUGGAUGUAUGCAACAUUAAAUCAUGCCGUUCUCUUUAAUAUCCAGAUCUUAUUAAGAUAUGGAUACACAAUCAACGUUUCGUAUUUCCUCGCUCGUGCCAAUAGAAACAUUAUCGGUCUUAUGAAUCGGCAUGCGAAUGAGGUUUAGGUCUAAUAGGAUGGUGUUGCUCAAUUCCACGGAAAAAGCAGGGAUCACGGUCACGCAAUCGUAUAG